AUGGCCGCCUUCCUCCUCCUGUUGCUGCUCUCCCCCCUCCUCGCCUCGACGGUGACGGCAGUGGCGGACCAGUGCCACGACGAUGACCACGCCGCCCUGAUCGCCAUCGACACAGCCCUGGGCAGCCCCUACCACUUCGCCUCCUGGACGCCCGACUCCACCUGCUGUGACUGGUACAACGUCGACUGCGACGCCGCUACGGGCCGCGUCGUCGGCCUCCGCAUCUUCCAGGACACCAACAUGUCCGGCGCCAUCCCGGACGCUAUCGCCAACCUCACCUACCUCCAGACCCUCACGCUCCACCACCUACCGGCUAUCUCCGGCGCCAUUCCGGAGUCCCUCGCCGCGCUCGCCAACCUCUCCCAGCUCACUAUCUCCUACACCAGCGUCUCCGGCCCGGUCCCCUCCUUUCUCGGCACGCUCAUGGCGCUCACCCUCCUGGACCUAUCGUACAACUCCCUCACCGGUGCCAUUCCGGCGUCUCUCGCUGACCUCCCAAACCUCUCCAGCAUCAAUCUCCGCCGCAACCGCCUCUCCGGGGCCAUCCCAGCGCGGCUCCUCUGUAAGUCCCCCGACAAUGCCUACCUCUGGCUCUCCAGCAACAACCUCUCUGGCGCCAUCCCGGCCGAGUUCGCCACCGUCAACUUCGCGCAUGUCGACCUAUCCCGCAACGCGCUCACCGGUGACGCCACAUGCCUCUUCGGCCGGGAGAAGCCGCUCCAGGGAAAGCAGCUCCAGUACGUCGACGUGUCCCGCAACGCCCUGAGCUUCAACCUGUCCAGCGUGGAGUUCCCGGAGCUGCUCACCUACGCCGACCUCAGCCACAAUGCCAUCGUCGGCGGCGUCCCGCCGCAGGUGGCCAACCUGACGAACCUGCAGCUGUUCAACGUGAGCUACAACAGGAUGUGCGGCGAGGUGCCCGCCGGUGGGAACAUGGCGAGGUUCGACCGCUAUAGCUACCUCCACAACAAGUGCCUCUGCGGCGCGCCUCUCACUGCCUGCCGUCAGCGGCCCAUCCCGGCCUAA